AUGGCCGAAUCAGCAGCAAAGCGCGUCAAGACGUCACCGGUCGUGAUUGGCACCCACAACGGCCACUUCCACGCCGACGAGGCCCUGGCGGUGCACAUGCUCCGCAUGCUCCCCGCGUACAGAGAUGCGUCUCUGGUGCGCACGCGCGACCCCAAGGUCCUCGAGACGUGCCACACCGUGGUAGACGUGGGCGGCGAGUACGACGACGCCCGCAACCGGUACGACCACCACCAGCGCGGCUUCGACACCACCUUCCCCGGGCGCCCGACCAAGCUGUCGAGCGCCGGCCUGGUCUUCAAGCACUUUGGCCGGGCCAUCAUCGCCCAGCGCCUCGGCCUGCCCACCCCCGAGGACGGCAAGAUGGGCUUCGCGCCCGGCGCCGAGGACGUCCAGCUCCUGCACCGCAAGCUGUACGAGAGCUUCAUCGAGGCCCUGGACGCCCACGACAACGGCAUCUCGGUGUACGACGACGGCGCCGUCUCGGCCGCCGGGCUGACCAAGCGCUUCAGCGACGGUGGCUUCAACCUGGGCGCCCUGGUCGGGAGGCUCAACCCGAACUGGAACGACGAGCGGCCGUCGGACCCCGCCGCCGCCCAGGCCGCCGAGGACGAGCGCUUCCUCGCCGCCUCCGCCCGCAUCGGCGAGGAGUUCGAGCACGAGGUCGACUACUACACCAAGGCCUGGCUGCCCGCCCGCGCCGUCGUCCGGCGCGCCUUCGACCGCCGCACCGAGUUCGACCCCCAGGGCCGCGUCCUCGUCUUCGACGGCCUCAGCGUCCCUUGGAAGGACCACCUGCACUCCCUCGAGGCCGCCGUCGCCGCCACCUCCAAAGUCCUCUAUGUCCUGUACCCGGAGAGCCCUGCGCCCGGCGCCAAGUGGCGCAUCCAGUGCGUCCCCGAGACCAAGGACUCCUUCGUCAGCCGUCGUCCCCUGCCCGAGGCCUGGAGGGGCUUCCGUGAUGCCGAGCUCGAUGGCAUCUCAGGCAUCGAGGGCUGCGUCUUCGUCCACGCUGCUGGCUUCAUCGGUGGGAACAAGACGUUUGACGGCGCGAAGGCCAUGGCCGAGAAGGCUCUCCGGGAUUGA